AUGGAAUACCAUUCCCAAGACCAAGACCAAGGACAAGGACCAAGACAAGACCGAGAUCAAGAACAACAGGACCAAAACCAAUCAUCUAACCCACCUCCAUCCCUCGAUAAACGCUGUACCGACCUUCCAUUCCUUCUUCACGCUCUAUACCACCUAGAACCCAAUCCUCAAACCUCCCGUGCCCGCCAAAAGGCCUACGACCAGUCCCAAUGGCAUGCCAUCCCUCGAGAAACCCUCCAGAUCUUAACCGUGAUCUCUCAACUCUUCGCCACCACCGGAAACUCCGAGGUAGCUGUGACGAUGUAUACACUAUAUAAUAAGGUGGUUGUAUUUUUUGCUGCGUCUGAGGUGCUGAGAGUUAUAGAGGAAGGGUAUGUGUGUGUUAUUGGAGAGAUGGUGAGAAGUAUUGCUAGAGGGGAAUAUGGAAGGAUAAGAGUUAGGGGUAGGAGAAGGAGGCGGGAGGUAAUGCAUACGAGGGUUUAUGAAGAGAUGAUGAUAAUUGUGGUUGGUAGGUGUAGAGAUAGGAUUUUGUGGUUAUUUGAGGGGCUUGCUGCAGAGGUGUGGGAUAGUGGGGUUAGUCUUUUGGAUCGGUGCGAAGAGGAUGGUGAAGGGGUUGGGUGGGAGAAGAUUGCUGAUUUGGCGGCUGGGAAUACGAAGUUGACAGAGUUUGUGGAUUCGAGAAAAGGAUAUGAAGAUAUGGAGGUUGAAGUGGUGGAUGAACCGGGGGAGUGGGUUAGAGUCGAGGUGAAUAGGAGGAGACGUAUAUAUUGCUUUCCUGAGGAUGAUAUGCUACCGUUCAAUCGACAAUUUCAACAUUCGCCAUCGGAAUUUAGGAACGAACCGGUCCAGGAAGACGUACGAAACGAAAACAUGGACUGGGAAUAUAUAAGCAACGAUGAAGCACCGCCGUGGGCGUUAACAUCUGCCCUAAAACGUUUGAUGCCAACUAAAAUGAGCAGUGCGGAGCGAGGAAGGUUCUUCAGGGCGCUCAGACAGGGACUUAUCUCGUUUCUUGGAGCUAUAAGAUCUAAAGACUUUCGUGAGACAGAUAACGACAAACUGUGGGAGUAUAUGAGAGUGGCCGAUCUGAUAUACAAAAAGAGGACGGAACUUGAACCACUGGUUAAAUUCACGGAUGAACAAAUGGAAUGGGUGAACAAAAUUGCACGGUAUCCGAGGGCUGCGGAGUUCAUAAUCAGGAGGGCAUAUACACCGCAAUAUCAGAAGAUGCUAUCGAAUUUGGAAAUUCAUGAGCUUAUACCGAAGGCGCCUGACCCCCCCGAUCAAUCAUUACCACCACCACAAACAACCGUCCUCGAAAUUCUAGAAUGGAUAGAAAGAAAAUAUGCGGGUCCCCCGUAUAGACUACUAAUCAGCCCGCCGUCUAUCAAAUUAAAAUACCCGAAUGCGGAUCCACGGACCAUAUGGACCCCCAAUCCUCCACCGGACAAACACUGCGUCCACCCGGAAGUCGCAAUCAUAAAUUUCAUCUACAACUAUGGUAUCUACAAUUUCAACACGCCGUAUGUUGUUUAUGGUGUCUCCGGAGUAUGUUGCUGGGCGUGUGAUUUAUACGCUAAUAUUGUACAUAAAACAAUGUUGGCCCACUGCAUUAAUGGGUUUCAUGCGGAGAGGAUUUAUAAAGAAGGGUGGACUGGGAAAGUUCCUAAGGGGGGUGGGUGGUAUGUACCUAUCGACGGAGAGGGGGAUAGGGAGUUUAGAGAGAAGGUUAUUGAGAUUGUGGAGGAUUGUUUGAAGGUAAUUGUGGGGAAUACUAGGAAGGCAUGGAUUGAGCGUUGA